GCGCGGGUGAGGGCGGCUGCAGGCCUCCAGCGGACAGUUCCCCAUGUGCCCACUCCCCUACGAUCCCAGGAAGGGGUCUCUAAGCCCAAGAUGCAUUCUCCUCCCAUCUUGGACAUAUUUUUGCUGCUCCUGGAGGAUCCUGAGGGAGAGUAUAGUAGCUUCUAGGGCCGGACACCCUACCAGCCAGCUCCGCGAUCCCCAGCCCUCUCGCUCCACCCACUUCUGCGCGGGCGGGGGGCGCAGGAAGCGGCGGAACCAGGCUUUCCCUAAGGAAUCUGCAAACCUAAUUCACUGCACAACCCAACCCUGCCGAGUUGCCAUAAACACGACACACCUGGGGAGUGCAGUGGGGAAAAAGCUCCUCCUCCCAGGCCCCAGCCCACUGCACGAACAGUCCUCACGCCGAUCUCUUUCCUGGUUCCCACCCGCGCCAGGUGACACGGAGAGCUGACACCAUGGUUCAGCAGGUGCUCUACCGGGCGCUGGUCUCCACCAAGUGGCUGGCGGAGUCCGUCCGGGCUGGGAAGCUGGGCCCUGGCCUUCGGGUCCUGGAUGCGUCCUGGUACUCGCCGGGCACCCGCGAGGCCCGAAAAGAAUACCUGGAGCGCCAUGUGCCCGGCGCCUCCUUUUUUGACAUAGAGCAGUGUCGGGACAAGGCCUCGCCUUACGAGAUGAUGCUGCCCAGCGAGGCGGGCUUCGCCGACUACGUGGGCAGCCUGGGCAUCAGCAACGACACGCAUGUGGUGGUGUACGAUGGUGACGACCUGGGCAGCUUCUAUGCGCCGCGGGUCUGGUGGAUGUUCCGUGUGUUUGGCCACCGCACCGUGUCCGUGCUCAAUGGUGGCUUCCGGAACUGGCUGAAGGAAGGCCACCCGGUGACAUCGGAGCCCUCACGCCCAGAGCCAGCCAUCUUCAAAGCCACGCUGAACCGCUCCCUGCUCAAGACCUACGAGCAGGUGCUGGAGAACCUCGAAUCAAAGAGGUUUCAGCUGGUGGAUUCACGGGCCCAAGGGCGGUACCUGGGCACACAGUCGGAGCCAGAUGCAGUAGGACUGGACUCAGGCCACAUCCGAGGCUCGGUCAACAUGCCUUUCAUGGAAUUCCUGACAGAGGAUGGCUUUGAAAAGAGCCCAGAAGAGCUCCGUGCCAUGUUCGAGGCCAAGAAGGUGGACCUCGCAAAGCCCCUCAUCGCCACAUGCCGGAAGGGUGUCACCGCCUGCCACGUUGCCCUGGCCGCUUACCUCUGUGGCAAGCCCGACGUGGCCAUCUACGAUGGCUCCUGGUUUGAGUGGUUCCACCGGGCCCCGCCGGAGACCCGGGUGUCCCAGGGGAAAGGUGGGAAGGCCUGAGUGGUGGCCUCUUCUCCCCUUGCUCACAACUCCUGCUGGUAGAGUUAUCUGGCAUGGCCUCCAGCUAAUCUUUGCCUCCUCAGCCAAGGAAAUGGACAAGUUUUUAGAAUUAAUGUGUAGAGUGCUCCUUUCCCCAACAACACUGGAAUAAACUUGGCCUUUUCAAGUA